AUGAUAAUGCAGAAGGCAAAGAAUGUAUUACUAACCCAAGUGAGUUCUUUGAAUAGACAAAGUUUUUUGCGAUACAUUUGUAUGAGCAGCGUGAAAUUUAAAAUUGUGAAAUGUAAAUUGUUUGAUAUAGGAGAAGGUAUAUCUGAGGUGGAAAUAACACAGUGGAAUAAGAAUGAAGGAGAUCCUGUAAGUGAAAUGGAAAGUCUAUUAACUGUUCAGAGUGACAAAGCUGCAGUUGAUAUAACAAGUAAAUAUAGUGGCGUACUUGUAAAAAGGUAUGCAAAUGAAAAGGACACCAUUAAAAUUGGAUCUUAUUUUUGUGAAAUCGACACAGAAGAUCAUAUUAUAGAGGAAAACGAGGAGGAAUCAGUAAAAAGUGAACCCAGCGAAGAAGUAUUAGAAGAUGAUACUGUGGAAAAGAUCAACUUGAGUGAAGAACCUUUAGAUAAAAAAAAAGAAUUAGGAAAUAGUACUAUUACUAACGUUAAGGCAUCACCUGGUGUUAAAAAAAAGGCACAAGUGUAUAAAUUGGACUUGAAUGAAAUAGGAAGAUAUUUUAAUAAAGAAUCUCUAACCAUGGAUGAUGUAGAAUUAUAUUACAAAAAAGUGAAAGAUGGAGAGAUUUCAAGUGGUGAUAAUAACAUUGGUGAAGAUAUGAUAGAUGAAGUUCCAUUGAAAGGAAUAAAAUUAGCCAUGUGUAAAAGUAUGAACGAUUCAUUAAGUAUCCCCUUAUUUCACUUGAACGAAAUGUAUAAUGUACAGAAUUUAAUAAAUAUCAGAAAUGAAAUUAAGAAAAAUAUACUUGAAAAGGAAAAUGUAAAUAUUACAAUAACUAGUAUGUUAAUUAAGUUAAUAUCAAAUGUGCUAAAGGAUUUCCCAGUAUUGAAUUCUAAAUUUAAUUCCAAAAAAAAUACAUACACUAUUUACAAAAGUCACAAUAUUUGCGUUGCUAUGGACACACCAAAUGGUUUACUUGUACCUAAUAUAAAAAAUGUAGAAAAGAAAAACAUGAUUGAAAUUCAAAAAGAGUUAUCUACUUUACGUGAUAAGGCAAUGAAAAUGAUGUUGAGUAAAAAUGACAUAACUGGUGGUACUAUUACCAUUAGCAAUUUUGGAGUUAUAGGAGGAACCUUUGCUACUCCCAUAGUGUUCGACAAUCAGGCUUGUAUUAUAGGACUUUCGAAAAUUCAAAAACAGUUGUUUCUAAAAAAUGAGAAAAAAGAAUUAACUGCCUUGACUGAUAUCCUUGUCGCGGAUACUAUGAACUUGACCUAUGGUGCCGAUCACAGAUUCAUCGAUGGAGCAACCUUGGCUCAGUUUUCCAAGAAGUUGAAGGAGGCUGUGGAGGGUGUUGUUUCGAUUGACCCCUACGAUGCUUAA